GCACUGCAACACUUGACUCACCACUGGCUCAGCACUUCUUCACGUUCCUUCACAACUUUGACGUAACUGGAUCAUUGUGUCAUUCCAUCCUAAGCUCAUGGUCCUCGUCAUUUCAUAAUCAAACGCCCUCCCAUUCUCUCACCUUUCCCCGUCCACUUCCCUAUGGAAACCUCAUGACAUUGCGCUGGACUCUCCAAUUACGCACAAGACUCUGCAAAGAUGGACAAGAUUCUUGAAGACAGUUCCAGCUUGACUCAUGCCCUUCUUAUGAGCAAUGAAGAGCAGUAUGACACCAGGGCUCAGUCUGUCGUCACUAGGUUGAAGAAACUCUCCUCUCAAGAUCUGGUGUCUGCAACCAAUCUGAAUGAUUUGAAUCCCUCCACUCAUACCCUCGUCUCCCUCUUCUUCCUCUUGGCCAUCAUCGACGUCUCUCAGCCAGCGACAAAGGCUGGAACUCGAAAUGUACCCCCAGCUGUAUUACCAGAAGGCUCAUCAUGGGACAGUAUCGCAUCAUUACUUCUCGAAUUUGAUGUCAUUCAAGUCCGCUACGCCGGGGUCCAAUUUCUGCGCAUUGUCGACUAUGUCUCCUUAGGCGCGGAGCAAACCUCAAACUACAUCCCUGCCAUUCAACUCCUGCACCACGUCAUCCUCCGACUUGACCACACCUCGUCUGUCAUAACAUCUACACAUCGCAGCUUUGUUCGUCUGUGCCUGUUGGCUCACACAUACGCUGAAGCUGUCGACAUUUUGGACCGCCCUAUAUACCAUGUGCCACUCGUUUCAGACCUUCGUCCGCCGAGGCUUUGCGCUGCGACCGAUCAAAUCUGGUCAUUCUUGAACCCAGCCACAGGCCUCACCCAUCCCAUUAACAGUCGCAUGUUUCUCGAAUACUAUCUCUUGGGAGCAAUGGCAUACCUCGCAGUUCGGAGAUACAAGGAUGCUGUUCUCUUUCUCGACAUUGUCCUCUCUGCCCCGACUGCUCAGAAUGUGGCGAGUGCGGUUCAGGUUGCAGCAUACAAAAAGUGGCUAAUGCUGGGUUUGAUUAUGCGGGGCAAUACUUUUCCACUACCCAAAACGAUGACCCAAUCUGCGCUCAAGUACAUCAGAGCCGCUGCCAAACCCUAUGACUGCGUCGUGGAUGCCUUCAACUCAAAGAAUAUCGAGAGGUUGCGAGCAGAAAUCGAGGCUGGAAAUGCACUUUGGCAGGAAGACGAAAAUUACGGUCUGCUCACAGAAGUGUAUCAGGCAUACAACAAAUUCACCAUCGUGCGACUCGGAAGGACUUUUGCGGCGUUGCCUGUUGUCGACGUUGCGAGACGGAUUUCGGAGGAUCCAAGUGACGUCGCCCAAGCAAAGACUUAUCUCCAGCAUCUCAUCUCCGAGGGCCAUAUCAAUGCUUUACUCGUGCAAUCUGAAUCUGGGGAGGAUAUUCUUCGAUUCUUGCCAGGCACCGCUUUGCGGAAAAGUGAGAGCGAGGUCGAAAAGGCUCUUGUCUCGCAGACAGAGACAUUGCAGACAUUACUGAAGAACAUUCAUAACACUGAGCAUCGAUUCGAAACCACCAAAGAAUACGUCGACUUCUUGAAGAAAUUGAAAAAAGUUAGCGACGAUCAGAGAAAGACUGGUGGUGCCGGGAACGGCCGAAAUGCAACGGCUGAAGACAUGGACGAGGAUAUGAUGGAGGAAUUCUAGGAAGAUACAGAAGAGUGGAUUCGGACGCUCUGAUGUAAUGGCAGAGGGGACUGCAUGCACAGGCUUUCGUUCUCACUGAGCAACCCCACGCAAGAGGCUACAGUCUCCACUGAGAUGUAUCACAACAACGAUUUGUGAUGGAAACAUAGCCUAUUUUGACCCCGAAAGCAACAAGAUGCUCUCGCAUCUCUGAGACGCCCUCGGCCAUUCAUACCCUUCAGCCUUGUCGGACCAAGUCCUCGGGUUAGUACAUGAUGGCCACGAAUGAAGGGAGGCAGGGAUUCGGAAAUAUCGGAGGUCAUUGUCCGGUGUAGCAAGCUAAGUAUCAAUAGUAGAUGAAUACAUGAGACAUGAUCGGUAGCAUGGUUAUCGCG